UAGCGUCACUUCCAAUCCAGGAGCCCAAACUCGCCUAAGCAGCUAGCGCGUUAGCCGAGGCAACGAUGUCAGGUCUGGAGGAGACUUCCAACGAGUCCUCGGAGCUCAAAGAGGACAACGACUUUGACGUGGAGGUGGAAGGACAUGUUGAGGUCGACUACGCCAGCGACCCGUUUAGAUUAUAUAUGUUUUACAGAGACAGGAAAGAGUGGGCAGACCUGGAGCCAGUUCCCCAAGACGACGGACCAAAUCCGGUGGUGAAGAUUGCCUACUCAGAAAAGUUCUCAGACGUGUAUGACUAUUUCCGUGCGUUGCUGAAGAAGGAUGAAAGAAGCGACCGGGCUUUUGCCUUGACAGCUGAAGCCAUUGAGCUGAAUGCUGCAAAUUACACAGUAUGGCACUACAGGCGAGUGCUGCUUCAAGCCUUGCAGAAGGACCUGAGGGAGGAGAUGAGGUACAUAACUGACAUCAUCGAGGAGCAACCCAAAAACUACCAAGUCUGGCAUCACAGGCGCAUGGUGGUUGAGUGGUUGAACGACCCCUCUGAGGAACUGGAGUUCAUCGCAGACAUUCUCAGUCAAGACGCAAAGAACUAUCAUGCCUGGCAGCACAGACAGUGGGUCAUUCAGGAGUACAAACUAUGGGACAAUGAGCUGGAGUUUGUGGAGAAGCUUUUGGAAGAAGAUGUGAGGAACAACUCUGUGUGGAAUCAGAGACAUUUUGUAAUUUCCCACACUACAGGCUACUCCAGCCCAGCCAUACUGGAUAGAGAGGUUCAGUACUGUCUGAACCAGAUCCGGAAGGCUCCCCACAAUGAAAGUGCAUGGAACUAUUUGAAAGGGAUUCUGCAGGAUCGAGGUAUGUCGUCUCACCCGGGCCUGCUGGAGCAGGUCCUCGAGCUGAAGGAGACACAUUGUUCACCUUAUCUUCUAGCCUUUCUUGUUGACUGUUACGAGGAUGCCUUGGAGAACAACAAUCAGAAGGAGACUUUAAACAGGGCACUAGAGGUUUGUGAAUACCUGGCGCAGGAGAAGGACACCAUCCGGAAGGAGUAUUGGCUGUUUUUGCAGCGUUCUUUAGAGAGCAGAUUCGGCCCGAGCGCCGCCUCUGGUGAACCUCUGGCCGACGGCACUGAACCUCCAGCAGGGCAGCAGGAGCUGAGCUAAGCGUCCACGAGGCUAAUACCAAUUCCGCUCUUACCCGGCAUCACAAGUCUUUUCAGUUUGAUCCUACUGUAAAUUAUUGUGCUGUUUAUUACUGAAGUUUCUCAAGAUGACGAAUAACAUGGGAUCACUAGGGUUCAGAAUGCAUUGAUGUAUUACUUUGUCAGGGAAUCUCCCCGCUGCUGAAAUCUGAUAUCAAAAACGGUGUGUAACAUGUCAGAAGUGAAAACAAAGCAACAGCAAUGAUUGUCACACAUGAAAUGUUACAUCUCUAACGGAAAAAAAUGGAUUAUAUCUUAACUGUUUGUUUUUGUUGCUUUAGCUCAAGCCAGUAGUCUAGCGGUAUAUUGUUUGUUAAAUGUAAAGGAUUGGACUGGUACUCUGUAUCUGCUGAUACUUCAAGUACAGCACUGAAUGUUUAUUAGCCCUAAGAAAGUAGUACUGGUGAGUCCCUGCAUUAACACAUUACAAACUUAUUGUAUGAGAUUUCAAUCUAAGAACUAAGGACCACACCAAAUGGAAGUGGACCCAGAUAACAAAUCGCUCAGUUGUUAAUUUGGACUUAUUUACCCAGUUGACCCAAGCAGCUCCUUUUGAUUCUCACUCCUCCCUCAACCUGAUAGCCACACGCCAUUUACACUUGGAAGCUGCAGCAGUGCCAUGAGUGUCACCUACCUGAUCACCGAGUGUGUUCACAUGCACACUAACAUGCCAUUAACAUUCAGAAUGAAAGUCUUUAGUUUUUUUUAGCUACUGCAGAUGAAUUUUGUUGUUAACAAUAUUCUGGUUGGCAAAAACCUGAAUACUGAUGUUAGCAGGAACACUGAGAAAAUUUUGAAUCUUAACUUUACUGUUUACUGUUUUGUUUUGGGGUUUGGGGGGGGGGGUAAACUACAUGGUUAGGUUUCAUGUAAACAUCAGCAAUUUUCUCUACAUUGAUGUAUGUGGGUAUCUAUGUAAGUGGCUUUUGGAGAUAAACUUAAACAACACUCCAGUAUGGUUGUGCUUCAGUAUUGUGCAAAUGUAAAUCCACUCAUUGUAACAGGAAUACAACCUUUCUGAACAUUGUGGGGUUGUUAGUUGGCAAAUGCACAUAUUGGUCAUGUUUUAUGGGAUGGGGGGG